AUGGACGAUUCAACAAGUUUAAGUAGUUUAAAUUCAAUCGACUUUAUUCUUAUUGGUAAAGAACAACCACGAUUAAAAGUAGCUGCUGGUGGUGGAAGUACUGAUUUAGAAAAUAACAUGGCUGAAAUACUUAACGAAUCAUCCUUACAAUCAACACCAACUGAUGAUAAUCUUAUUCCAGAAGCAAUUCCCAUUCCUCUUCCUACUGAAAAUUUGUCUAAAACAUCAAGUCAAGAUGAUAUUAGUUUAACCAGACAACAACGACCUGAUUUAACAAACAGUGUACUUUUUCAUGAUGUUACUUAUUUAGGAUCGGCUAGUGUUAAUGCACCUCGAUCUGAAGAAGAACUCAAUAGAAAUAUGGCUAUAUUGAAUGAACAAAGUCACAUGUCAAUUCAAGUCACAUUAUGUGUUCCCGAUAAUUCCAAUGGUGUAGUUCGACUACUUGAUCCUCAAACUGAACUUGAAAUAAUAUCUUAUCGUGUUUCUCAAAUACUUUUUUGUGCACGUGGUCCAUUAAAUACACCAUUAGCACGUUGUUGGGCAUUUACAACAUCACGUUUAUCAACAUUAACUAAUGCUCAAUUGCAACAAAAUGUUAAUAAUGGUGAAAUUGGACGACCACAACAAGAACUUGUUUAUCAAUGUCAAGUUUUUCGUUGUGAUAAUCAAGAAGCGAUUUAUAAAAUCUUACUCAGUUUUGCAAAUGCAUUUCGACGUACAACAUCAUCAUCAAAUAGUCAACCAUCAUCAAUACCUGUAAAUCAACAAUUAGCAUCAAUAUCUCGUCGUACAACAUCAUUAAUUGGUCAAGCAAUACAAGCAACUGUUGCUCAAUUACAAACACAAUCAUCGAAUUCAAAUCAAUCUUCAUCAAGUAAUCAACAACAAUUAUUACAACGACCAACUGAUGGACCAAUUAAAUUUCGAAGUUUUCUUGAUAUUAAAGAAGAAACUAUGGAUAAUAAAGGAAAUGUUAGUUUUAUUUCUGUACCAAGACCAGAGAAAAAUGUAUUUCGUUUACGAAAAGAUGUUCGAAAAAAUGUUACUGUUGCUCUUCAGCAAAUUCGUGGUUUUUCACUUAAUAUUGAACGAUGUUUUGGUAUGCUUCUUGCUCAAGGACGAAAUGUUCGUGCAUGUGAUAUGCAGUUACUUGAUUUGGAAUCAAUGGGGAAAUCAGACGAUAAUCGAUAUUAUAUGGUUCGUGGAAACUGGGAUCCAUCAGCACGUGGAUUCAAAGAAUUGAUACAUCUUAAUGAAGAAACACCAAAAGGAGCGCGUGUUUUUUUAACAAUUGGUCUUGAUCUAGUAAUUAGUGGUAUUCACGAACCAGUUCGUUUUUUAAUCGAAGCUAAAGCACGUGUUUGUGUAUUAAAUAGUAAAGGUGAUAUUUUAUCUCAAGAUAUUAGUGAUACAAUUUGGUCACCAUUUAAAAAGCUAACACCAUUUACUGAAGAAUUUAAUAUGAUUCUUCGAGAAGCAACACCUAAAAGUUCUUCAUCAUUAAAUCAAGAUGAUACAUAUGAAGUUGUACUUUUGGAAAGUAAUUCAGAAGCUGAAAGACGAGCAAAAUUACGUCAAUCAGCUGCUACUACAGCAGCUGAAGAAGAUGAUGAUGAACCUAUGGUAAGUGGUUUUGGUUAUGUAAGCAAAGAAUGUGAUGAAGAAGUUCUUGGCAAUUGGAGUGAUAUAUUGAGUAAAUGGAGAAAAAAUUAUUCGGAACGACCACGAGGUUUACAAGCACUUGUACGACGAGGUAUUCCAGAAGCAUUACGUGGUGAAGUAUGGCAAUUAUUAGCAGGAAGUGUUGGUGAUGAAAAUGAAAUGGUUAAUACUUAUCGUUUAUUAUUAACAAAAGAAUCAGCAAGUGAACGUGUUAUAUUAAAUGACUUAAAUCGAACAUUUCCAGCUCAUGAAUAUUUUAAAGAAGCAGGUGGCAUUGGACAAGAAGCUUUAUAUAAAUUAAGUCGAGCUUAUUCAGUACGUGAUGAAGAAGUUGGCUAUUGUCAAGGUUUGUCAUUUGUUAUUGCAACUUUACUUAUUCAUAUGCCUGAAGAACAAGCAUUUAUGUUAUUAUGUAAAUUAAUGGAAGAUCCAAAAUAUUUAUUACGUGAAAUGUAUAAAGCAAAUUUUGAAAAUCUUCAAGUUCGAUUUCAUCAAUUAACAUGUCUUAUACAAGAUAAUUUACCUGAUCUUUAUGCACAUUUUGAUGACCUUAAAGUUGAAUGUCAUAUGUAUGCUUCACAAUGGUUUUUAACGUUAUUUACAGCAAAAUUUCCACUUUAUUUAGUAUUUCGUAUUAUGGAUAUUUUUCUCUAUGAAGGUUUCAAUGUACUCUUUGGUGUUGCUUUAGCUUUACUUAAGUUCAGUCAAAAAGAUUUAUUAUCACUUGAUUUUGAAGGUGUUAUGAGAUUUUUUCGUGUUAAUUUACCGAAAAAAUAUCGAUGUGAAGAUCAUGCUGAUGAACUUAUUCAAACAGCUUGUUCAAUGAAGAUUAAUGUCAAAAAAUUAAAACGAUAUGAAAAAGAUUAUUUUACACGUCGAGCUGAAGAAGAACAAGGAGAAUUACCAUUACAACGUCUUGAAGCUGAUAAUAAACGUUUAACUGAAACAUGUAUGCGUUCAGAAUUAGAAAAUGAAAUGCUUGCACUUGAAUUAGUUAAUGAUCGUGUUAGACUUAAAAGUAAUCUUGAUCAGGCUGAUGAUCAAAUUGAAAAAUUAACAAGAGAAUUACAAGCUACUCGCGUGAUUGUAAAAGAAAGUGAACAACAUACAUUUCGAUUAACUGAAGAACUUGAAAAUAUUCGAGACGCUUUUCGACGUACAUGUGAUGAACUUCAACAAACACAAAAAAUUGUUACAGAAUAUAAACAAAUUUGUUCACAAUUAAAUGAUCAAUUAGAUAAACAUAAAGAAAAAUAUCAAAAGAAAAUUGAAACUAUUCAAAAUCUUUCUUGCGAUUCUUGUAAAAAUUUAAUAAGUGGAAUAAUAUCUCCACCAUCAAGUGUAGUAUCAACACCUGAACGAGAAAGAAUAAAUGAUAAUAAUGAAGAUAUUUUACUAACAACAUCAUCAGUUCCAUCAUCUAUUACUGAUCGUUUACGUCAAGUUGAAAUUGAAUUAGCAGAAAAAAAAUUAGCUCUUACAGAAGCAUUAUGUAAAAAUCAAGAACUUGCACAUCAACUUCGACAUUCAUCAGUAAAUGAUUCAGACACAAAUUCAGUUAAUAGUUUUCGUGCUAUUACUACUAAUAAUAAUGCAACUGUUAGAUGGUUAUCAAAAACGGUGAAUUCAAUAAAAGAAGCAGCUAGUUCAACAAAUCGAACAAAAAUUAAUUAA